AUGAACAAACAGAUGCCUGAAGAUCUGGUAAAGAUGAUUAUAGAUGAAGCGGCCAAUAAUAUUGGCACAUGGUCCUUUUCCUUUAUCAAAAAACUUCAAGAAGACUUAAAAUUUUUUGAUCAGAAGAAACUUGACAAAUUUGUUUAUCUUAUCUUACUUGAAGCUGAAGACGAACACAAUGAUAAUAACAUGAAAUUGAAAAUAGCUCAAUUGCUUUCUUCCUUAAGAUCAUUCUUUCUUCCUGGGAUUGUAUUUUCUAUUAAUUCCCAAAACCAGCGCAUAAAACAAAUUGCCAACAACAUUCCUCAAGGGAAACUCUGCGAUUGUACUAAAAGAAUGUUUCUUAAUCUGAUUCAAGUCAACGUUGUACCAAAUGUCUCUAAUAGAAUUAAGUCAAGCAGUGCCCAACCUGUUAAGCAGCCUGAUAUACAAUUCAGUUUUGAUAAUUCUCCAAAAUUUCCAAUUUAA